UCUCUCCACCUCAGACAAUAAAAACAAGGCGAAGCCCGCACAGACGGCAGCAUCUCAGCACCCUUCAAAGCCCGACAUCCGAGCAAUGUCUGAGGAGUGAAAGGCUCUCAAACGGCAGGGAGGAAUAUGGAUUCACGGCCGCCGAGCUGGGACUAGAGAUGUAGUUGCGAGGAUGCCGGCCAGCUACAUCUCUCGUUUGCUCCUCUUCGCCUCGAUCUGCGCGGUUUGGGAGGCGCUGGCAAAAUCUCUCCCAGAUCAGGGAGCAUUUGAGGUGCAGAUAAAAGUCCAGGUGUUUGACAACAGCGACCUGUCGCCGUUGGCGGGCGCUCAGGUGGAAGUCCAUGGCAACCAAACUAUCUUGGCGUCCAGCAGGGCCGGCAGCGAUGGCGUCCUGAGAGUCAGCUUCCUGUACCGCACAGGAACAUGGGUCAUCAUUACAGCCUCCAAACAAGACUACGUCACCAACUCUGUGCCCUGGCACUCCAGCCGCAUCCCCUUGUAUGCAUCAGUCAGCCUGUACCUCCUCGUGCAGAGGCCAGGAACACUUAUUCUGUACGAUGACGUCCUGCAGGUGCUGUCUGGGUCCCCAGGAGCUCGUAACCAGCCGCUGGUGCAGCUCCAGAGGAAGUCCCUUCAGCUGCCGUCCAACUCCAACUACACGGCGCUGUCUGCUGCGCUGACCACGGCCAAGACUCAGUAUGAAAUGGGAGGUUUCCCGUUUCUCCUGGGCCAAGAGACCAACAGCUCAGGUGCAGAAACAGGGUGGACAGACUUGACGGCUUUGGCAGUGGUCAGCAUUCAGCUCUUUGACAAAGAUGGCAGUGCGAUCCAGGUCUCAGAUCCGAUCCACAUCUCUGUGCCGCUGCCAUCCGACACCCGCAACAGGAUGGCCACUAGUGUACCUGCCUGGCUGUAUCAGCCUAAGACGGGGCUGUGGAUUAGGAACGGGACGGGCUACAUCAAAAAGGACGGCCAACAGUUCGUCUGGAACGUUGUGGUUCCUCAGAUGGGAUACUGGUUAGCUGCCUUCCCUUCGUCUUCAGGAUUGGGUCUAUCUCAUCCAGGCUUGAGGGACAUCACCACCUACCACACCCUGUUCCUGCUCUCCAUCCUGGGCUCGUUGGCCCUGCUGGUUCUCAUCCUGCUCUGUGUGCUGCUCUACUACUGCAGGUGUGGGGAGCGUAGGCGAAGGCGGAAGUGUUUAAAACCUCGCCGCCAGCAAGGGAAACCCCACUCGUCCAAUCUAAAUGGCGCAAAGAGAGACCAGGGUACAUCCACUUCACGCCUAAAUCUGAUCUGUGGAGGCCAUGUUGAGUCUGGCACCUCUAACGACAAAUCUGAGCUGUCCCCAUCUAGAGACUAUCAGAGUUCGAAGGAGGACUUAACCAAGCAUGUUCCAGCCCACAUGCUGCGACACGCAAAGGGAAAAAAUGCAUCAGGUCCCCAACGGGGUGAAAGCUUCCCCAUGAAGGUUACUCGUGCCACAGAGACCAACAACCUGGACAACCCUUUGCUGCAUGAAGACUACAACCGGAGCUACAGUCCGAUGGAGGGCAAAGAGUCUGAAUAUCACCGACACCACAACGCUAACGACAAUCGGGGAUACUCGUCUGAUCCCCCGUCCCCGCCUCGCUUCCAAGGCUAUGUGCCAAACCAGUCUGACAAACCACCUGAUUAUUCAGCAGCAGCUGCAGACAGCCUUGCCAGACCCACCUCCCUCAACACCCAACCAGGACAGAUCAUCUUCUGCAGCUCCAUUGACCAGAUGAAGGAGAACAUGUACCGUAGCAUGGUGCCAACCCUGGUCAUCCCAGCCCACUAUAUGCGCCUGCCCUCUGAGUUUUCUGGUAAAGAUGGCAAAGACCAGAAGGAUCAAGACAAAGAUGGUGCACAGAUGGCAGGAGGCCAGCAGCAUCAUCACCACCACUCCCAGAAACAAGGCCAACAGCAGCAAGGUGGAUCCCAAGGUGACGACUCUGAAGAGCCGAGCUGGGCGUCCGACUCCUCUGGUGGACCUGUGACCAUCCCUGUGCUCUUCAACGACUCCACCAUGGCUCAGAUGAAUGGGGAACUGCAGGCUCUGACUGAGAAGAAGCUACUGGAACUCGGUGUUAAACAGCACCCGAGGGCAUGGUUUAUCUCCCUGGAUGGACGCGCUAACGCUCAUGUGCGCCACUCCUACAUAGAUGCUGGGAAUGACCUCAGUGGCGGUGGUGUGGGUGGAUUCUUAGGUGGUCCCAGCAGCGCUUCACGAGACAUCAACCUUGAACCACCUCUGGAGGCCCAAGAACGCAAGUCAGCAAUCAACCGGAAGGGAAAAGAUGAUCGUUGGGGGACGGGAGGACGGAAGGGCCACGGUGUUAGCAGCAGCGGUGGGAAGAGUUACUCCAAGCUGGCCUACCCUGACCACAGCGAGCCCAGCAGCAGCGAGGGGCGCCCGGUCUCACCCGAGGAGAACUCCCUCACCCCUCUUCUUGAUGAAGGCCCAUCCUCUCGAGGAUCCACCAUCCCCAGAAGAGGACGCAGUCGUGUGAACAGCGCCCGCAGCAGCAACAGCGAGAACCGCCGCGACUCCAUGACCAGCCCUGAGGAUGAUCCUGACGACAAAGAGGAGAACAAAAAGAGCCCCUGGCAGAAGAUUGAAGACAGGCCUCUCAUGGUCUUCCACCCCAGGAAGUGAGCUUUUCGAACUUACUGGACACUGGACCUUGUAACAAUCUUUUCAAAGCAAACGUGAAGAAGAAGAGUGUUGUUUCCACAGAGAUAGAUCACAAUAAGCACAACCAUGCUUCACUGGUCCAUUUUUAAGGUUGUUGUUUGACCUUUGUGUUCCCGAUGAGGUGCGUUUGCACUUUCUUAUAAGUCUCGUAGUCUCACUGUCAGUUAAUCUUACUGGUUUCCACUGAGAUGAUCCAUAGUAUUCUGAAACCUAUCCAGUUUAUUGUGAAUUCUGUCACCUUUCACAUCACUGAGGCAUCGUCUGAGACAUUGCGUACACUGACUGUGGAAAUAGCCAUUUUAUAGAGCAGAAUAUAAGAGUAAAGCACUUACUAAUAAUUUGAUAAUAGAUUGAUUGAUACUUACCAAGUAUUUGGAAGUGGAUGACAUUUUGAUAUUGAUGGGUAUUUAGGCGAAUUAGAUUUCCUUCCCUGGAUUUAAUGCGACACAAAGGCUCAUGUGAAUGCCGGGCCUGUGUUUCCUUGACUACCACCCUGCCCUAAACUGUAACUAGGAUAAGUUUUCUUUAAAGGAUACCACUUCCCAAAGCUUGAAUAUGGAGGGAACCUAUCUGUCAGUUGUACUGGUUUUUUUUCUUGAGCCCCCUGUGAACGGAUAAUGCAAUCUACAUCCAUUAUAACGACUUGCAUUUUGCUCCUUCAGGGAUUUACUUGAUUUCCUCUUCAUCCUGUACCGUGUUCAUGUGUUGAAAUUACUUAUUCAGAUAGUAACUGAUUUGUUGAGCAUCAUCUUCAAGUGUUUCUGUCAUCUUUUCAGUCAUUGAUUUAUUGCAGUGAUCUACAAUUCUGCCCAAAUUUUGCAUUUUUGCCUUUUGCCUGUUGUAGAGUUUUUUCAGCUUGACAGAGACCUCUUUGCAGUUUCUGUUGUGUAAAUAGAUCCCCGAACAUUUGAAAGACCAUUUGGUAUAGAAAGUUUGCAUGCAUAUGAAUGUAUGAAGUAAACAGAAGGCACCAAAAGCCCCCCACAGUUCACCGGGCUCCUGCGUAGACAACCCCUAAUUGCCAAGAAACAUGGGUAAGUCCAAGAA